AUGGCUUCAUCAUUUGGAAGUAAAAAUGUGAAAGGGCCUGAAAAGGUUUAUGUAAAGGAUGAGGACUCUGAUGAUGAUCUCAUAGAUUUCCGUUUCCUGGAUUUUGCACCAGAAACCUUUAAACCAACCUCAAACCUGUCUGAUGACCCAUUCCUCAACAUAUUAUGUGAUGAAAAUGUGCUAAGGAGGACUCUUGAUGGAAUGGGAGAUGAAGAUCAAGAAGCUGGUGUUAAGGAUUCAAAACUUGAUCAUAUUGAUGAUCAAAAUGAUGGUGAAGUGGGUGUAGAGUACAGGGUUCAUGAUCCAGACAUCUAUUAG